AUGUCUGAAAAAACAAACUAUAGCAUCCAAGGACUCAGUCUUGUUACACUUUUAAAGAGACUCGAUGCUGCUACUUCUCGUUUAGAAGACAUUACAAUUUUUCAAGAGGAGGCUUUUAAAAACUCUCAAUCGUUAAAAUCAGCUUCUCCAGCAGCUGCAAUUCCCGAACAUCCCCAACCUGUCUCAAAAGACUCGGCAUCUACAAAGACACCUCCAGGCCCUACUGAUGUUUCGUCUGUUGCUCCUGAUUCUUCAACUUCAACUUCAACUCCCCAGACAGCCUCAAUUGCUAAAGCGGUUCCCUCACCUCCUGUUUUACCUACUGUCGAGGAAAAAACUGUUUCUUUAUCAAUUCUAGACUUUGAAUCUUUCAUUUCUGAUUUUAUUGAGCCUUUAGUCUCAAUAUCGAAAAAAAUUGAUCCAAUUGUGUUUGAUCAGGCCAAUUUAUUAUUGCAGGCUUUUAAAGCCGAAUUGAAGUUCCUUCAAAUUGUUAUAAAAUCAAAGAAACCUGACCCAACUAAACCAAUUUUUGCUGAAACCUUACAACCAAUCAAUUCAGAAAUCGAAAAAAUGAUUGCUUUAAAGGAUAAAAAUAGAACUUCAAAGUUUUUCAAUCACUUGAAUACUAUAGCUGAAGCUGCACCAGUUCUUGGUUGGGUUUGUGUGGACAUUCCAGUCGCCUUCAUUCCAGAAUUCAAAGAUUCUUCUCAAUUUUGGUCCAAUAGAAUAAUGAAAGAAUAUAAAGAUACAGACCCAAUCCAUGUUGAAUGGGUUAAAACCUUUUCACUGAUUUUUGGCAAUUUGAAAAAUUAUGUUAAAAAAUAUCAUAUGAAUGGGUUGGCCUGGAAUGCAAAUGGCUUGUUCUUCGAAGAAGCCAUAAAGGCUGUUGAAGAAGAAAACACUCCCAAACCACCCAAACCAGAACCUACUCCUGCUGCAGCUGGUGGCCCUGCACCCCCACCACCUCCAAUGCCACCUGCUUCACUUUUUGAAGUUGAAGCUACUCCUCAACAAGAGACUGGUAUCAAUGCUGUUUUUUCAGAAUUAAACAAAGGCGAAGAUAUAACAAAGGGACUUAGGAAAGUUGAUAAAUCAGAAAUGACACAUAAGAAUCCCUCAUUGAGAGCUUCAUCUGUUGUAUCAACCAAAAAGACCCCUCCACCUGCUCCAAAAAAACCCUCUUCUUUACUUUCCCAUUCUUCGGCUUCAAAAUCUGUACCAUCAACUCCACCUGCCAAAACUAAAAAACAACCAAAAAAGGAAUUGGUUGAUAGUAAAUGGACGAUUGAAAAUAUUUCAAAUGAUCAUACAAUUGAAAUUGACGGAGAAAUGUUUCAGUCAAUAUUUAUUGGAAAAUGUUCAGAAGUUACAAUUCAAAUCCAUGGAAAAGUCAAUGCAAUCACAAUUAGCGAGUCCGAUAAAAUCGGAUUGGUGGCUGAUACUUUAGUCUCUGGAAUAGAUGUCAUUAAAUCUAGUCAUUUUGGAAUUCAAAUUAUCAAUACCUGUCCAAUGAUUUCAAUUGAUAGUUCAGACGAAGGCUCGGUUUAUUUGCCAAAAACAAGUUUGAACACUGAAAUAUUUACAAGUCAAACAACCGGAUUGAAUGUUAACAUCCCAGAUGUAAAAGAUUCUGAUGAUUAUAAUGAAAUUCCUGUUCCUGAACAAUUUAAGCAUACAUUUAAAGAUGGAAAGAUGGUCAGUACAAUCGUUCAACAUUCUGGUUGA